GGAGAGCGGAGCUCAGCGAGCCCGGAGCAGGGAGCAGCCCCCCCACGGCCGGCCUCAGUCACCAUCACACCGCGGGAGGCGGCGCAAACAGCCAGUCACCACCACCGUCCGCACCGAACAGCCGCCGCCAUGAGCAGCGAGGCCGAGACCCAGCCGCCCGCCGCCCCCGUCCCCGCGGCGGCCCCCGCCGCCCCCGCCGACUCCAAGCCUAACGGCGGGACCGGGAACGGGGGCAGCGGCCUGGCCUCGGCGGCGCCUCCCGCCGGCGGGGACAAGAAGGUCAUCGCAACGAAGGUUUUGGGAACAGUGAAAUGGUUCAACGUGAGGAACGGUUACGGCUUCAUCAACAGGAAUGACACCAAGGAAGACGUGUUUGUCCAUCAGACUGCCAUAAAGAAGAAUAACCCCAGGAAGUACCUCCGCAGCGUAGGAGAUGGAGAGACCGUGGAGUUUGAUGUGGUUGAGGGAGAAAAGGGUGCGGAGGCGGCUAAUGUUACAGGUCCUGGUGGAGUUCCAGUGCAAGGCAGUAAAUACGCAGCAGACCGUAACCAUUACAGACGAUAUCCACGUCGUAGGGGUCCUCCACGCAACUACCAGCAAAACUACCAGAAUAGUGAGAGUGGGGAAAAGAACGAAGGAGCAGAGAACAUACCAGAAGGCCAAGCCCAGCAACGCCGUCCCUAUCGCAGGCGGCGGUACCCACCUUACUAUAUGCGUAGGCCCUACGGGCGUCGACCACAAUAUUCCAACCCUCCCGUGCAGGGAGAGAUAGUGGAGGGUGCUGACAACCAGGGUGCAGGAGAACAAGGCAGACCAGUCAGGCAGAACAUGUAUCGAGGUUACAGACCACGAUUUCGCAGCUUGACUUUCAGGGGUCCUCCUCGUCAAAGACAGCCUAGAGAGGACGGGAACGAAGAAGAUAAAGAGAACCAAGGGGAUGAGACCCAAAGUCAGCAGCCACCUCAACGUCGGUACCGUCGUAACUUCAACUACCGACGCAGACGCCCAGAGAACCCUAAACCACAAGAUGGCAAAGAGACGAAGACAGCCGAACCACCAGCUGAGAACACGUCCGCUCCCGAGGCCGAGCAGGGCGGGGCUGAGUAAAUACCGGCUUACCAUCUCUACCAUCAUCCGGUCAUCAAAGAAAAGACUUAAGAAAUGAAGAAGAAAAGAAAA